AUUUUCAACGAAAAGGUAAAUGAACGUGAGAAGAAAUUGGCAGCCAGACAAGCUGAAAUCGAUGAAUUGGAAGUGAAGAACCGACAGAUUCUGCAAGAACGUCGUAAUGCAUUGGAUCAGUUGAUGAGUGAUGUGGUUGAGCUGCGACGUACAGGAGUGAUAUCGCGUCAGGAUUCGAGAAGUAGUAAUACACGUUUGGCUGAGUAA